GAGACUCUGCAGUGUCUUGGCAGCUGCAUUAGUGCAUCUCCCACCGUCCGCGAUGCCUUCACGGCCAAUGCCUGCCUCCUCCGCGUCCACUUGACGAGAGAAACCGAGAUGAAGUCGUCGGGAAACUGAGCCGGACGUUCACACAUUGCUCACUGUAUGCCCCGGAGACAGUCCGGAGCGCUUCAUUCACGCACCGAGAGCCCGUGACGAGAAUUUUUAAUGGAAAAUGGCGAUAGGCGAAAGGUCUUGCAGCAUCGUCUGCUUGCUAUCUAUCCAGAUUAUCUUCAUUUUCAGCGCAUCGUGGCCUGGAGCGCAGGGUCUCUUCCCCCAGCAAUACACGAUGAUGCACUGGGCCAGGCGUAUCGAGCAGGAGAUUGACAGAGUCUUUCAGCACAUCACUGGAGCUCAGCAGUUGAAAGGGAUAUACAAUGAAGAAAGGCGUCGGUUUAGUCUGGUGAAGAAUCAGCCUCGGAAGAUUGUUGAAAAAGUGGCCUCGGAUAUUGAGAAACUUCUGGCUAAAAAGCGCAAAGCACUUGAUAGGUUAGCCAGUGAAGCAGAGCGGCUCCAGCGGGAGCAUCUGUGGCAGGAUGAAAUCAAGGAGCUGGACAUGGCUUAUUAUGAUUCCAAGGCAGAGCUGGAUUAUUAUUCCAUGGAUGGAGAAGGAGAGGUGGAAAAUCCCUCUCACAUCAAGCUGGAGUUUGUGUAUGACCCAAACUUCAAGAAUAAUGUCAACUAUUCCUACACAGCUGUUCAGAUUCCCACAGAUAUUUAUAAAGGAGCUCCCGUCAUUCUAAACGAACUGAACUGGACGCAAGCGUUGGAGAAAGUCUUCAUGGAGAAUAGUCGAGAGGAUCCGUCACUGCUGUGGCAAGCAUUUGGGAGCGCGACAGGAGUCACUCGCUAUUAUCCAGCAACACCCUGGAAAGCUCCUGAUAAAAUUGACCUGUAUGAUGUCAGGAGGAGGCCCUGGUACAUCCAGGGUGCCUCAUCCCCCAAAGACAUGGUCAUCCUUGUUGACGUGAGUGGCAGUGUCAGCGGACUCACCCUGAAACUGAUCAAAGCGUCAGUGAUGGAAAUGCUGGACACUUUAUCCGAUGAUGACUACGUCAAUGUGGCCAGGUUUAAUGAGAAGGCUGUGGCUGUGGUCCCUUGCUUUAGCCAUCUAGUCCAGGCUAAUGUGCGCAACAAAAAGAUUUUCAAGGAUGCAGUGCAGCAGAUGCAGGCUAAAGGCACCACCGACUACAAGUCUGGAUUUCACUUUGCCUUCAAUCAGCUAUUAAAUAAAACAAAUGUCCCCCGGGCUAACUGCAAUAAAAUAAUCAUGCUGUUUACUGACGGAGGAGAGGACCGAGCUCAGGAUGUUUUCAUGCAAUACAACUGGCCCAACAAAACGGUUCGAGUAUUCACCUUUUCCGUGGGCCAGCAUAACUAUGAUGUCACUCCCUUACAAUGGAUUGCGUGCACCAAUAAAGGUUACUAUUUCGAGAUCCGUUCCAUCUGCGCUAUAAGGAUUAACACCCAGGAGUACCUUGACGUGCUGGGACGCCCCAUGGUUCUGGCAGGCAGCGAAGCCAAGCAGGUUCAGUGGACCAAUGUGUAUCAGGAUGCUCUGGGUCUUGGCAUGGUAGUAACUGGGACUUUGCCUGUUUUUAAUCUCACCAUGGACGGAAACUCACAGAAUCAGCUGAUUUUAGGUGUCAUGGGAGUCGACGUGCAUCUUGAUGAGAUAAAGCGACUCACACCGCAGUACAAUCUCGGGGCCAACGGAUACAUAUUUGCCAUCGAUCCAAACGGAUACCUGCUCCUUCAUCCUAAUCUCCAGCCAAAGCUUGUGAAUCUGCCAGAACCUGUGACGCUGGACUUCCUGGAUGCAGAGUUGGAGGACAGCAAUAAAGAAGAGAUCCGUCGACAGAUGAUUGAUGGAAGACCAGGCGAAAUGCAGAUCAAAACUCUGGUACUGUCGAUUGACGAGCGCUACAUCGAUGAGGUCUACAGGGGUUACACCUGGACUCCUAUCAAUGGAACAGACUACAGUCUCGGUCUGGUAUUACCACCUUACAAUGAGUACUACAUCAAGGCAGAUCUGAGCGAUGUGAUGUUGCAGCUCCAGUAUAUGCAGUCUUUGCUGCCCAGCUCCUUUGAAUCAUCAGGGCACGUGUUUCUAGCUCCAAGGGAAUACUGCAAGCGUCUGCAGCUUUCUGACAACAACACCCAGUUCUUGCAGAACUUUCUGUCUCUCAUGCUUGACCUGUCCCCUGAAUCUGAUGAGUGUGACCAUGGCCUGAUCCACAACCUGAUUUUUGAUUCUAGGAUCAUUGGGCAGCUUGCUUCUCGUGUAUGGAAGAACAAGGAUCUCAAUUCGUAUGGCUUCCUAGCUGUAUUUGCAUCCACAGACGGAGGAAUAACACGAGUUUUUCCCAACAUAGCUGCUGAGUUGUGGGAUGAGGACCCUGAACCCUUCAAUUCAAAUUUCUACAGACGGAGCCUCGACAACAAAGGCUACAUGUUCAGAUCUACACUCAGAUCCUCUUUGGAUGACCCCAUUGGAGCAGAAAAUGGGACCAGUGAAAUUGUGGUUAGUUCAGCUGUGGAGGUUAAUAUAGCAGGAAAACUGCUCAGACCUGCAGUGGUUGGUGGGAAGCUGGACUUGGAAGCUUGGGUGGAUAAGUUCAAAAUCCUGGCCAGCAACAUGUCAGACAGCCGGCAGGGGUCACACAAGUGUGGACCUCUGAGAAGUUGCGAGAUGGAUUGCGAGAUGGACACAAAUGAACUCGGCUGCUAUCUGAUUGAUGAUGGUGGGUUCCUGGUUAUGUCCAAUCAGGCAGAUCACUUCCAAAAGAUUGGUCUUUUCUUUGGCGAUGUGGACGCUCCCCUGAUGUAUGCCCUCUACAACAAUUCGAUCUUCACUCGACGGCAGUCUUUCCAGUACCAGUCUGCAUGUGAGCCGGUCAGCAGCAGCCACACUGGCGCAGCACCGAGAGGUGUUUUUGUGCCGUCCAUUGCUGAUGUCUUGAGCUUGGCGUGGUGGACGUCAACAAUGGCAUGGUCUGUGUUUCAGCAGCUUCUUUAUGGACUGGCCUAUAACAGCUGGCUCUAUCAAGCUGAUGUCCUCAUCGAAGGCUUUGAGACUAAAGAAAGCAGCUGUGUGACCAUCCAAAGCCAGUUCUACUUCACAAACACCACAAACUCCUACAAUAUGCUGCAGGACUGUGGAAACUGCUCCAGACUGUUCCAUGCAAAGAGGAUCGAAAACACAAACCUGCUUUUUGUGGUCGCUGAGAAACUGCUCUGCCAGUCGUGUGAGAUUGAGACGCUGACCCAGGUCAGAACAGAGUUUCAGGAGGAAAAUCCGUGUGAAGUAUUGAACAAUACACGAUAUCGUAAAGGCCCGACUUCCUGCUUUGACUACAGUGCCUUAGAAAACACGUCAGAGUGUGGACAAGGUCAUUCCCUGCAGUCCUCCAUAGGAGUCCUCCUCUUCAUUCAGCUCACUCUGCCUCUCUUUCAUCUCUCACACAUGCAAACGCUCUGACAUUUUUGAUCUCUGUAGGUUAAGGCUCGGAUCUACUGAAGAGCAGAUCAAACAGCAACUGUAAAAUUCUUCUUUUUUGAACUACAAACAGCUCACAGAGCACAGUGCUUGGAAAGAAACCCCUGGAUCAGCUCAUAGUGUCUUUUGCCUUAUUGCUAAUGCAUUUCUUGGUGUUUCGGGGCUUGAGUGCAAAACAUAUGAUUAUAAUGUGUUGCGUGUGCAUGCUAUUUAAACUGAGACUGCGUCUUUACAUUUUUAUUUAUUUAUUUAUUUAUUGCAUAAAGGCUUAGCCACAGCAAAAAGUCAGGGAGACGACCAAAGCCACCCAGCAGUAGAAGAUUGUUGAUCGCGUUUGUUUGACUGUGUUUCACUGUCUAGAAUCUAAUGUGGCAGCAGAAUAGUGAGUCAUAUUAUUACAUUACUUCCUGAACUUCCUAGAUGUGGUUAAACACAGUUAUUUCAUGAUUUAGCUUUUUCACAUAGGGCCACGUUGGUUCCGAUAGCUUUUUUCCCUUAAUAAAUGAAAUUAUAAUUUAUAAAGUGCAUCUAUAUUUACUUGGGUUGUCUUUGAGAAAGGACUCAGGAAAGGAGGAAAAUACCUUUUCACAGCACUGUACUGUUUGUGCUAGCUCGUAGCCUUCGUCCUCCCGGCCUUUGCAAGUGUAGAGCUGUGUAUAUAUAUAUUUGUAUAUAAAACCCAUGGGAUACCUUUGAGAUGCAUGGUAUAUUUUGAAUUCUAGUAAAGUACAAGAAACCUAACACUGUAUUUACAGGUAGUGUAAAAUACGUAAUUAUUACUUUCUACCACUGAACGUACGAGGCCGUACGCACCAUCACCUUCUAUUCUGAGGAGCUCUGAUUGGCUUAACAGACGAGUAACAGUUAAAUAUGGACAUUACCAAGAGUUUUUAGAGCUUUCAGUACUUUAACGUUACUGAUCAGCUGAAUAUAUUGAAAUUUAUAUGACUUUUCAACCAUACAGUGUCACAGUGUUGUUAACGGUUCGGAUAAAGGGCAAACUAAGAUAUUUAAAUGGCAGAUAGACGGAGAUCAAUCACUGCCUUGAAAAUUUUAAUGAAAAAGCUGAAUCUGCUGCUGGGUGAUUUGGAGACUCCCACCUGUAGACUGCUCAGAUGUUAUUUGUGGCACCCAUGCUGUUGUUGGCUUGAAAUGAAUCCCUUGCACCUGUUUGUAUUUGCUCAUUCGGUCCCAGCAGAUGUCUUUGCACACACAGAUCAGGAGGCGCUGCUCUUACAACUGUUUUUUACACGACGGUAGAUCCGGGCCUUGAACCCACAUUCACUUCAGUGUCUUUUGAUCCAGUUCUGAUCUUUGCCGAGCCAGUUUUAGUACUAAAAAUUGGGUCAUGCAUGACAGGAUCCUGAAAGACUUCUCUAUCAAGUAUCCUUGCCCUCUAAUGUCAUUAAAUUUAGGCACACGUCUGACAGGAUUUAGAUAAAAAUAUCUUUUUUUUCCCCAUAAGAUAUUUUUUUCCAAAACUAAAUGAGAACAGAGAUGUGAAAAGCCAGCGUGACACAUCAACAAAGAAGCAUCUGUGUGGUUUGCUUGUUUGACAGAAUCGUUAAAGCUGAGGUUUGCUUUUUUCUCCGAACGCCUCCACAGAUGCUCGGUAUGAUCUUGAAGUGCUUCCAGUCAAGUAAGAUAUCGUCAGAUGAUGUGAAAUUAAACAACACAAACUAAAUUGUCAAACAGUAACUGACUUUGUGAGCUAUUAGUGCAUCCUUUGUGGACUACAAUAUUGAAGCGCUGUGAUCAUCGGAUACUUGCAGUGUAACGUGCAGUGUUAACAGCGUAGUCUAUUAGCACAAGCCUCGCAGUCAGCAUAUUGCCAACAUGUUUUUAAACAUAUACAUCAAUUAUUUGAUUGAUGGGAAGUUCUUUGUCCUUUUUCUUGUAUUGCCAAUGUUUGUCAAGUCUGAAUUUAUGCACUUAUGUAUGCUUCUGUAUGGGGAAUGUAGCUUCUAAAAAGCUUUCAGUGUUACGAAUAUGUUCUUCUGCGCUUUCUGACCUUCUGUCGAGAUUCCCCUGACGUGUCGCUGAUCACUGAAUGACUUACUGCGGCAGAACAUUUCGGUGUUAUCAUGCACUAAGAUUUGAUUCAAGAGUCAGAUUUUUGACAACGGUAGCAAGAAAUGUAGCUCUGUUUUGUAAUUUUGACAGGUAAGCAGAGUUUUCUGUGUUUAUUACACUAAAGAUCCCCCUUCCAACACUUAACAUGUACAAAAUGCUGUGUUUGGAAUCAUUUCUUGCAUUUGAUUAGAUAAAAGAAAGAGAAAUUUCCUACUUCAGAUUAAAUCUAAAAUCUAUCAACAUAUUUGUUGUUCUCAAGUCGACUCUCAGUGUGUGCGCACAGGAGAUUUCAAGUGUGUAUUGCUGCAUAGUUGGCUUUCAAAUUAGUUUUGAUGUCAAAAUCUGUACUGUUGUUACACUCAGAUCAAAGGUAACCUCAUAGAAAAGCCCCCCCCCUUCCCUUCAGCAGAUGAAUGUGGAAGCAACUUUCAGCUGUCAAACACUGCACAGUCACACUCUGCUUAGUGAAGCGCUAACAUCCCCCGGGUAGCACCAGUAGAAAGAACAUAUUUUGAUUUCUUUUGAAGAAAGUGAAAGACAGGAGCCCAAAACUGGUGUUACGUGUGAUUCAUGAGCGCUCGCUGCAUGCAUGAUUAAAUGAAGAAAUCAGUUUUUCCGCAGUGAUUCAUUCUUGUACGUCUUUUUCUGUAAUCAUUUGAUCUGGUUGCAGAGUUAACGGGGGUAUUUUUUUUUUUUUUUUUAAAUGUGUUUUCUUUUUUUUUUACAUAAUAUUUGUAAAAAUGCAUUUUCUCUCUUCGUCUGCCUGGUGUUCCACCCCGCAG